AUUAUUUCUUCCUUUACUCCAACCCUGCCACAUGGUUGCAUUUCUUGGAACUUUAUUCAAUAUUUCAUCAUUAUUGUUUUGUGAUACAACAAAAAGUCUACGUCAUUAUUAUUGGAGCCAUGCCCCUCUCGUGUCGAUUCUAUGGCCAGCGAUACCCAGAAAUUGAAGAUGUUGUCAUGGUAAAUGUUCGAUCAAUUGCCGAGAUGGGUGCUUACGUGCAUCUUCUAGAGUACAACAAUAUCGAAGGGAUGAUCCUCUUGUCUGAGUUGUCACGAAGACGUAUUCGAUCCAUCAACAAGUUGAUCCGAGUGGGUCGAAGUGAAUGUGUGGUCGUUAUCAGAGUGGAUAAAGACAAUGUAGGAUAUAUUGACUUGUCAAAAAGACGUGUCUCGCCAGAAGAUAUCGUGAAAUGUGAAGAAAAAUUUGCAAAGGCAAAAGCUGUGAACAGCAUUUUAAGACACGUGGCAGGGAUCUUGGGUUAUGAUGAUCAACAACUGGAAACUCUCUACAAGAAGACUGCUUGGUAUUUUGAUGAGAAGUUAAAGAAAGCUGCAAGCUCUUUCGAUGUUUUCAAGCAUGCUGUAUCUGACCCAUCGAUACUGGACGAAUGUGAGCUUGACGAAAAGACCAAAGAGGUUCUUCUAAGUAACAUUAAUCAAAGACUUACUCCUCAGUCUGUGAAAAUAAGAGCUGAUAUUGAAGUUUCUUGUUACGGAUACGAAGGGAUCGAUGCUGUGAAAAAUGCUCUCCGUGCCGGAAUAAACUGUUCGACAGAAUGUAUGCCUGUAAAAAUCAACCUAAUAGCACCUCCACUUUACGUCGUCACCACCACCACGAUGGAACGGCCAGAAGGUUUAAAAGCAUUGAGCGAAGCCAUUGACAAAAUAGAACAAGCUAUUCGGACCUCUGGUGGUGUCUUUCAUGUCAAAAAUCCUCCGAAGGUCGUAACCGAAACCGAUGAAGUGGAACUGGCUAAGCAACUGGAAAGACUAGAAAUGGCCAAUGCUGAGGUAGCAGGUGAUGAUGAUGAUGAAGAAGCUGGAAGUGAAGAUGAGGAGGAAGGAGAAGAACAACCAUAGAUUAAUGUUACUUCAGAAGGUGUUAAAACAUUUCUAAAUAUCACAGAUUUUCCAACAUUUUUUUCUGGGUUUUUGGACAUAAUUAAAUUCGUCUAAGGUGUUAGAAAAGUAAACAGUUUUUUCCCGAUUGUAUUAAUACAGGUGUACAGUACUGAAGUUUAAGAGAUAUUCACAAGGAUGAAAAAACAUUCAACAAUUAAUCUCUUCGUGAGUGGAAAGUCUGAAUUGUAAAGGUACGUGAAGUACCAAGAUGUUACUAGUUGGCCGUACUGCAUUUAGUUUCAAACUUUUUUUAACCUCAAAGCCACAGUUGAGCAUCAGCUAAUUUGUGAUGACAGUGAUAAGUUUUUUCAGCAUUGUUUGGUACAUGCUUCUAAACUGUUCAACCGAUCUAAUAUUUAUAUUAUUUGAUUUUUGUAAUUUUAAACAAUGUACAAAAGGUUGAAACAGUAACCCAGUUUUAGUGCAAGGUUUCUAUAUUUGAUAUCCACUGAAUAACAGAAACUAAUAAUUUUACACAAUAUUGUGAUCUUUCUGGUCUCGCUUUGCUACAUUUUUCUUGGGAUAAACCUUUUAUCAGUUUCAAUGCAUCUUUAAAAAGAUAUAAUUGGUUUAAGGUAAACUAUUUAAAAUGCUUGUGUUAUUAUUAUUAUAGCAGUAAAGGUAUAAUCUCUUUCCUCCAGUGAAAUGUUGGAAGAUCAACGUUUUAAAAACAGUUCUGUCAUUCUGCAACGCUGGGUUUCCAAACUUUGUUACAUUCAAGUGGUUUUUCUGGGGCCAGUUCUAAUGUUUUUUUAUAUCAUUAUUUUAUGAUUAAGUUUAUAAUGAAAAAAAUGCUUAUGUUUUACUAUCUUAUUCUGUAAUCCACAGUUUGGUAACACGAGGGUCCUAAAAUUGUCAAGCCACUCCCCCUGCCCCAUUUCUUAAGUAAUUAAUAACAACUAAGAAGUGUAUCAUUCGAGUAAAGAAAUGUUACUUUUUCUUUUAAAUAUUUCAUAAUUUAACCAAUUACAAACUUCACUGUAGAGGAAGUAACUGUUGUGCCUUUCCAAUUUUAUAACCCUCCCCCAAUUUUUAAGACAUGUUUUUACCAAGAAACACUAGAAAAUUCACGUGCGAUGUUAUAUAAUUUUUCACGUAUAUUAAUACAUAACAGUGAUGAAAUUCUAACAUUCACAAUUAUAAGGAUAAUUCUGGUCUUAAACUACACAUAAAAUAAAAUUUGUAUUCCAAAUGUUAGGUUUAAUAUAUUUAAAUGGACUGUGAAUAAAGGCUCUUAAAUACCUA